UGGCAUGCGCCUGCAGUCCCAGCUACUUGGGAGGCUGAGUUGGGAGGAUCACUUGAGCCUGGGAGGUUGAGGCUGCAGUGAACUGAGAUCACGACACUGCACUCCAGCCUGGGCAACAGUAAAACCUGGUCUCCAGAAAAAAAAAAAAAGUACUAAUAGUUCAAAAAUUGACUUUACACAUUCUCACAGUCUACCAUUUUUAGUAAAAAACACGAACCUUUAAGCAGCCUUAUAAGAGAUUUUCCAUGAUUAAGCUGGCAACUUUUAAUGCAAAUACUUUUUGCAUAUAGUUUGGUAAGUAUUUCAUUUUUUAAAAACAGAUGCUGACAGUAAGUGAUUUUAACCUUUUUGUUACUACAUAAAAGCCAGUCUGUGGUAGCUUUCUUACUGUUAGUUUAAAAGUUGAUAAAUUACUGUUUUAAAGAUGAAUUUUACCUUUUAGUUCCCUGUUCUCAUUAUUUACUAAAUUCCUUUACCUAGGAAAUCAAAUAGGGAGACUGGGAAAAGUUCAUUCAGAACUUCAGCUUGGAUUAGACUGUGGGGAAGAUGGAAGAUAGGGAAGUAAGCAACUCAAAUGUCAUAAACCAGAGUGCUGGGGGCGGCGCAGCAGCCUUUUUUGACUUCUUCAUUCCCUGGGUAGCGGUGAACAGCCGGUUCUUUCAGGCCUUCCAGCGCCGGAGCCUCGGGCGUGGGCAAAAAGCGUCCAUACGCAGCCUGAGCCACUUGGGAGCCCCCAGUUUCCGAGGCAGAAGAACAGUGCCCACCAGCGCAGCGGGGCUGCGGCCCGGAAACCCUGGCGGGGAGCCCCGAGCCCCGGCGGGCGCACGCCGCUUGGGCGCCAGGCAGGCGGUUGGGGUACGGGGCGGGGGUCGGCCGAGGGCGCGGGGCCCCGGGGCUCCGGGCUCGCCCCCGCCGCUCGGGGCAGGCGCGCCGAUGGCGUUUCUGAGGUGACGCCGUCCACACCGGGCUUCUCCGGGGGCGGAGGAAACACCUAUGAACCCUCCGGCAGCCUUCCUUGCCGGGCGCCAGAACAUCGGGUCAGAAGUUGAGAUUUCCACUAUUGAGAAACAACGGAAGGAGCUGCAAUUGCUCAUUGGAGAAUUAAAAGAUCGAGAUAAAGAGCUCAAUGACAUGGUUGCAGUGCACCAGCAACAGCUUCUUUCAUGGGAGGAGGAUCGGCAGAAAGUGUUGACACUGGAAGAACGUUGCAGCAAAUUAGAAGGUGAACUACAUAAAAGAACUGAAAUAAUCAGGUCACUCACCAAGAAGGUAAAAACUCUUGAAUCCAAUCAAAUGGAAUGCCAAACAGCUCUCCAAAAGACCCAACUACAGCUUCAGGAAAUGGCUCAAAAGGCAACGCAUUCUUCUCUUCUCUCUGAAGACCUUGAGGCUAGAAAUGAAACUCUCAGCAACACGUUAGUGGAACUUUCUGCUCAGGUAGGACAGCUACAAGCUCGAGAACAAGCUCUCACGACAAUGAUAAAGCUAAAGGACAAAGAUAUUAUUGAGGCAGUUAAUCACAUUGCAGAUUGUUCGGGUAAAUUUAAAUUGCUAGAGCAUGCCCUACGUGACGCCAAGAUGGCGGAGACUUGUAUUGUGAAAGAAAAGCAAGAUUAUAAGCAGAAAUUGAAGGCACUUAAGAUUGAAGUCAACAAACUAAAAGAGGACCUCAAUGAAAAGACGACAGAAAAUAAUGAGCAACGAGAAGAGAUCAUUCGCCUCAAGCAAGAGAAAAGUUGCCUGCACGAUGAAUUGCUUUUUACUGAGAGAGAAAAGAGGAAAGAUGAAUUGCUUAAUAUUGCGAAGUCAAAGCAAGAACGCACAAAUUCAGAACUGCACAAUCUGAGACAGAUUUAUGUAAAACAACAGAGUGAUCUGCAGUUUCUUAAUUUCAAUGUGGAAAAUUCUCAGGAAUUAAUACAGAUGUAUGACUCAAAGAUGGAGGAAUCAAAGGCCCUGGACUCCAGCAGAGACAUGUGUUUAUCAGACCUUGAAAAUAACCACCCAAAAGUCGAUAUUAAGAGGGAAAAAAAUCAGAAGUCACUGUUUAAGGACCAGAAAUUUGAAGCCAUGUUGGUUCAGCAAAAUAGGUCAGACGAGAGCUCUUGCGAUGAAUGCAAAGAGAAGAAACAACAGAUCGAUACUGUGUUUGGGGAGAAAAGUGUAAUUACGCUGUCAUCCAUAUUUACCAAAGACUCAGUAGAGAAACACAAGUCUUGGUCUCUGGGAGGAAAAACCCAGAUUGAACCCGAAAACAAAAUUACAUUGUGCAAGAUCCAUGCAAAAUCACCAAAAUGUCAUGGCACUGGGGUUCAGAACGAAGGAAAACAACCCUCAGAAACACCCACUUUAUCUGAUGGGAAGCAGUGGCAUGACGUCAGUGUUUACCUGGGCCUGACCAACUGUCCAAGUUCAAAACAUCCAGAAAAGCUGGAUGUAGAAUGUCAAGAUCAGAUGGAAAGGUCCGAAAUCUCAUGCUGCCAGAAAAAUGAAGCCUGUCUGGGCGAAAGUGGCAUGUGUGACUCCAAGUGCUGCCACCCGAGUAACUUCAUAAUUGAAGCCCCAGGCCACAUGUCUGACAUGGAGUGGAUGAGUAUUUUCAAGCCUUCCAAAAUGCAGAGAAUUGUCCGCCUCAAAUCUGGGUGCACCUGUUCAGAAAGCAUCCGUGGGACACAACAUGACUCCCCAGCAAGUGAGCUAAUUGCCAUCCAAGAUUCCCACUCUUUGGGUUCUUCAAAAUCUGCCUUGAGAGAAGAUGAGACGGAGUCCUCUUCCAAUAAAGAGAACUCACCUACGAGUUUGUUAAUCUACAAAGAUGCACCAGCAUUCAAUGAAAAGAGACAGGGUCUCACUCUGUUGCCCAAGCUGGAGUGCAGUGAUGCCAUCCUGGCUUACUGCAAUCUCAAACUCCUGGGCUCAAGUAAUCCUCCCACUGCAGCCUCCCAAGUAGCUGGGACUGUAGGCAUGAACCAUUAUGCCCAGCUCAUUUUUACAUUUGUUGUGGAGAUGGGGUCUUGUUAUGUUGCCCAGGGUGGUCUCAAACUCCUGACCUCAAGCAAUCCUCCUGCCUCAGCCUCCCAAAGUGCUGGGGUAUAUUUAACAUUUUAAGGAACUGCAAGAUGUUUUCCAAAGUGGCUAUACCAGUUACAUUCCCACCAUCAGUGUGGUGCUGAUGCUCCGGUCCCAGCUGCUCCAGAUUCCAGUCAAUACUUGCUACGGUCAAUUUUUAAAUUCCAGACAUUCUAAUAGGUAUGAAGAGGUAUCUCAAUGUGGUUUUAACUUUCAUUCCCCUAACGACUAACAGUGUUGUGCACCUUUUCACACGCUAAACCACCAUCUAUUUAUAGCUUCGUUUUCAACUGAUAGGGAAGUUCUAGCCAGUUAUUCAAUCCCAAAGAGACACUGUUCUUUAUGUCUGUGUAGAAUAUCCCUUCUUUAAUUACUUCUCCAGAUUUACCUCCUCUCUGCACUAUGCUAACAAAACACUUAUCAGGCCGGGCGUGGUGGCUCAUGCCUGUAAUCCCAGCACCCUUGGGAGGCUGAGGCGGGCAGAUCACCUGAGGUCAGGAGUUGAAGACCAGCCUGGCCAACAUGGUGAAACCCCAUCUCUACUAAAAAUACAAAAAUUAGCCAGGUGUUGUAGCUCGUGCCUGUGGUCCCAGCCACUCAAGAGGAUGACGUGGAAGAAUCACUUGAGUCCGGGAGGCGGAGGCUGCAGCAAGCUGAGAUUGUGCCAUUGCACUUCAGCCUGGGCGACAGAGCCAGACCCUGUCUUAAAAAAUAAUAAUAGGCUGGGUGUGGUGGCUCAUGCCUGUAAUCCCAGCACUUUGGGAGGCUGAGGCAGGUGGAUCACCUGAGGUCAGAAGUUCAAGACCAGCCUGGUCAACAUGGUGAAACACCGUCUGGCUAUGGCGAGGUGCCAAUGACUUUCUUCACAGAAUUGGAAAAAAAUACUUUAAAGUUCAUAUAGAACCAAAAAAGAGCUCGCAUUGCCAAGUCAAUCCUAAGCCAAAAGAACAAAGCUGGAGGCAUCACGCUACCUGACUUCAAACUAUACUACAAGGCUACAGUAACCAAAACAGCAUGGUACUGGUACCAAAACAGAGAUAUAGACCAAUGGAACAGUACAGAGCCCUCAGAAAUAAUACCACACAUCUACAACUAUCUGAUCUUUGACAAACCUGACAAAAACAAGAAAUGGGGAAAGGAUUCCCUAUUUAACAAAUGGUGCUGGGAAAACUGGCUAGCCAUAUGUUGAAAGCUGAAACUGGAUCCCUUCCUUACACCUUAUAUAAAAAUUAAUUCAAGAUGGAUUAAGACUUAAAUGUUAGACCUAAAACCAUAAAAACCCUAGAAGAAAACCUAGGCAAUACCAUUCAGGACAUAGGCAUGGGCAAGGACUUCAUGUCUAAAACACCAAAAGCAAGGGCAACAAAAGCCAAAAUCGACAAAUGGGUUCUAAUUAAACUAAAGAACUUCUGCACAGCAAAAGAAACUACCAUCAGAGUGAACAGGCAACCUACAGAAUGGGAGAAAAUUUUUGCAAUCUAUUCGUCUGACAAAGGGCUAAUAUCCAGAAUCUACAAUGAACUCCAACAAAUUUACAAGAAAAAAACAAACAACCCCAUCAACAAAUGGGCAAAGGAUAUGAACAGACACUUCUCAAAAGAAGACAUUUAUGCAGCCAACAGACACAUGAAAAAAUGCUCAUCAUCACUGGCCAUCAGAGAAAUGCAAAUCAAAACCACAAUGAGAUACCGUCUCACACCAGUUAGAAUGGCGAUCAUUAAAAAGUCAGGAAACAGCAGGUGCUGGAGAGGAUGUGGAGAAUUAGAAACACUUUUACACUGUUGGUGGGACUGUAAACUGGUUCAACCAUUGUGGAAGACAGUGUGGCGAUUACUCAGGGAUCUAGAACUAGAAAUACCAUUUGACCCAGCCAUCCCAUUACUGGGUAUAUACCCAAAGGAUUAUAAAUCAUGCUGAUAUAAAGACACAUGCACACAUAUGUUUAUUGUGGCACUAUUCACAAUAGCAAAGACCUGGAACCAACCCAAAUGUCCAACAAUGAUAGACUGGAUUAAGAAAAUGUGGCACAUAUACACCAUGGAAUACUAUGCAGCCAUAAAAAAUGAUGAGUUCAUGUCCUUUGUAGGGACAUGGAUGAAGCUGGAAACCAUCAUUCUCAGCAAACUAUCACAAGGACAAAAAACCAAACUGCAUGUUCUCACUCAUAGGUGGGAAUUGAACAAUGAGAACACUUGGACACGGGAAGGGGGACAUCACACAC